CGAGUAUGUUACAAAACAAUAAGACAAUCGUGCGUAAAAGAUUGUGUGUCAACCAAAAAGAGCAAAAGAACAUAAGAAAGCCCUUUUCAAAAGGAUUCCUUGCGGCGCCAAGGUUCACAACGACGACAAGCAGCAGGAGAAGAAGCAGCAUUUGCUUGAGCGCCCCUCCAAGUUCAAGUCCAAGGUCCAAAGAAGCUGCAGGAAAAGUCGCAGCUGCAAGAACUCUAAUGACAUGAACACUGAUCUCUGAACUCACUCACUUCUUAAAAAACUCAUCCGCUCAGCUUGCGCCAGCUCGCAACAUGUCGAAAGGCUUCCUUUCAGACAGAGCAUUGACCUUCACUCCUUCCGUGAUUCAAGAGACCUCGAGGCUUGCGGAGAGAUGUGGUGCCAUCAACCUAGCGGAAGGCUUCCCUGACUUUGCUGCCCCCAGCCUGCUAAAAGAAGAGGCGAUCAAAGCGAUCAUAGAAGACCUCAACCAGUACAGGCAUGUCCCUCAGCUGUGUGAGCUCAUUGCAAAGCGUUUCUCAGCGCGGCAUGGUUCUGUGCAUCCCCCGCUUCAAAUAGACCCAGCUACAGAGGUGGUGAUCACAUGCGGCCAGACAGAGGCAAUGGCGGCUGCAGUCCUAGCUGUUGUCAAUCCUGGGGACGAAGUCGUUCUGUUCAAUCCGACAUAUGAGACCUACCCCGCCAAUGUGGCCAUGGCCGGGGGGGUCGUACGCCACUGCCAACUGUACCCCCCGAACUGGAGUUUUCGGGAGGAAGAGCUUUUGGCGGCAGUAGGGCCGCGAUGUAAGGCCAUCGUCGUAAACAGCCCCCACAACCCGACAGGCAAGGUCUUCACCGACGCCGAGCUAGCAAUCAUAGCUCGAGUGUGCACAUCCGAAAACUUGCUGGCGUUGACGGACGAGGUGUACGAGGAUCUGACGUAUGAUGACGUCGAGCACCGGAGCCUGGCCUCCUUCCCGGGCAUGCGCGAGCGCACGGUCGUGACGUCAUCCUUGUCCAAGACGUUCUCUGUCACGGGCUGGCGGAUCGGCUGGGCCAUCGCGCCGCCCGACAUCGCCUCCGCCAUCAGCAAUCUCCACGUCAAGCUCACCGACUCCGCGCCCGCCCCGUUCCAAGAGGCUGCCGUCAGCGCGCUCCAAAGUGACGUCAGCUACUACCGGCAGCUACGGCAAGAGUACCAGGAGCGAAGGGACUUGGUUUGUGACGCGCUCGAGGGGGAGGAGUUCGAGAUCGAGACGCGGCCGAAAGGGGGCUUCUUCGUCUUUGCGAGGAUCCCGGAGCGAUUCCGACACGGUUGUGACGACGUGUCCUUUGUGUCGACGUUGAUUGAAGAGGCGGGAGUGGCGAUCGUUCCUGGUUCAAUCUUCUUUCAUAGUCCAUCCCCCCGUGCGUCUGUCACUGGUGGUUCCGCUGUUGCAAAUGGUACCCGAACUGCCGGUCCAGGAGAUGACGGGUCUCCUCACCUUACCGGCCAUGCAUCGGUCGACGAAAUCAUAAACGAGAACCAAGAUUAUUGUUCCACGCUGUCAACUGAUUAUUCUAAAGAGUACGUUCGUGUUGCUAUAUGCAAGAAAAAGGAGACUCUAAAGGCGGCCAUUUCCGAACUGCAACAUUAUUUUGACAACACAGAUUAACAUAACGUUACGUUAUUGGUUAUUUUAGUAAGAUGACCGAUAAUUCACGAUCCUUUGAAUAGUGGAUCUUGAAGCAAUUGCCAGCAUGCCCAAGCUUGCGAAGUUGGCAUUGUAGCCGUGGCACACGAAAUG